AAAAAAAACAUUAAUUAAUAUCAUCAUAUUCUAAGUUACAACUUUUAGAAAAAGAUGAGUAAAGUGCAAGAUCCAUCCCCUAUUCCUUCAAUUAUUUUAAAGAAUUUAACAGAUAAAAAUACAGAUAAAAGAAAAGCUGGGGCUCAAGAAAUUGAACAAUUAAUUAGAGACCAUCAUUCAAACGAUGAUGAAGCCAUAAUUAAAUCAAUUAUUAAAAUAAUUUCAACGGAAUAUACCGACUCUGCCCAAGGCAAUAAUAAAAAAGGUGGUUUAAUUGGUUUAGCAUCAAUUGCAAUUGGUUUAGGAACUGAUGCCUAUUUAUAUAUUCAAGAGAUCGUACCACCAGUAUUAAGAUGUUUUAUCGAUCAUGACUCAAGGGUUAGAUUUUAUGCAUGCGAAUCAUUAUUUAAUAUUGCCAAGGUUACCAGAGCAAAAAUUUUAUUUUUUUUUAAUGAAAUUUUCGAUGCACUAUGCAAAUUAUCUGCAGAUUUAGAUCCACAAGUUAAAGGAGGUGCUCAAUUAUUCGAUAGAUUGUUAAAAGAUAUUGUUACAGAAAGCCCAACCUUUGAUAUAGAUAAAUUUAUACCCUUAUUAAGAGAAAGAGUUUAUGUUAUCAAUCCCUUUUGCAGACAAUUUUUGGUUGGAUGGGUCGUAGUAUUGGAUAGUGUACCAAAUAUAGAUAUGUUAGUUCAUUUACCAAAAUAUUUAGAUGGUUUAUUUAAAAUGCUCAAAGAUCAAAAUAAAGAAAUAAGAAACGAAGUCGACAAAGCACUUUCAGAAUUCCUCAGAGAACUACAAACAGCAGAAAAUGUUGAUUAUGGUAAUAUGGUAAAAAUUAUAAUUGCUCAUUGCGUUAGUACUGAUGACUUUACAAGACUCAGAGCUUUAACAUGGGCCAAUGAAUUUAUUUUAGUUGGAAAAGAGAAACUUUUACCUUAUUCACCAUCUCUAUUAAAUGGCAUUUUAUCAUCUCUAUCACAUCAACUUAUUGAAAUUGAGCAAAUGGCCGCUUUAUCGAAUAUUAACUUAAGCAAAUUAAUAAUUGAAACAAAUCAAACCUUUCCAGUUGGCGAAUUUUUAAAUAUUAAUACACAACACUUAACAAGCCAAUCAGUUCAAUCAAGACUAGCAUCGUUAAAUUGGAUUUUAAAUUUACAUAAUAAAUUAUCAAGUGGUAUUUCAAGCUAUUUAGAAGAUUUAUUCCCACCAUUAUUAAAAACACUUUCAGAUAAUAGUGACGAAGUUGUAAAAUUAGAUUUAAAAACAAUUGCUAAAAUUUCAGAUAAUACCGAACUCUUUAAUAAAUUAAUGCAGAAUUUAAUAGUAUUAUUUUCGAAUGAAUCUCAAUUACUUAGAACUAGAGGCAACUUUAUUAUUCGUCAACUUUGUUUAUUUUUAAAUCCAGAAUUAAUUUUCCGUAGAUUUGCAUCUAUUCUUGGCGAUGAAAAUGGUAAAUAUAACCCAGAAUUUGCAAGUGUAAUGGUCCAAACUUUGAAUCUCAUCCUUUUAACCUCUGAUGAAUGUGUUGACAUUCGUAGAAACCUUAGAAAUCUUUCCACUGUUGAAAGUAGGGAAUUAUUUUCAAUUCUAUAUACAUCAUGGGCCCAUUCUCCUGCAUCACUAUUUAGUCUUUGUUUACUUUGCCAAGUUUAUGAACAUGCUUGCGAUCUUUUAUCAAAAUUCACCGAAAUUGAAAUUAAUGUAAACUUUUUAAUGGAGAUGGAUAGAUUAGUUCAGUUACUCGAGUCACCCAAAUUCAUGGCAUUAAGAUUACAAUUAUUAGAACCAGAAAAAUAUCCAUCACUUUUCAAAAGCUUAUAUGGUCUAUUAAUGAUACUUCCACAAAGUUCUGCUUUUGAAACUUUAAAAAGUAGAUUAACUUGUAUCUCUUCACUUGGUGUUUUAAAUUUAAUCCCAAAAAAACAAAAUGAAGAUGGUAAUAAUUCGAAUAACAAUGAAGGAUUAAAAGAUAUUAAUUUUAAUAAUUUAUUGGAUCAUUUUAAGAAAAUUCAAAUCUCGCACGAAAAUUUUUUUAGAGAAAAAAGCGAAAACGAAAAUAAUGUAAUUCACGAAAGCUAUGACCCUUCAAUUCAAAAACAAUUACCAUAUGGUAUUCAAAGUUAUAUAAAUAAUAAAAAACUAAAUAAUAAUUCAAUUUCAAUGCCAUCAUCACCACAACUAACCAAUAACCAAAAUAAUAAUUCAAAUAACAAUCUUAAUAUUAGUAAUAAUAGUAAUAUAAUAAUAUAAUAAUAGCA